AUGUCUGCCAUGUGUGACAUUUCCUGUCAUGCCUUUCUACUUGCAGCCAAAUGUUUUUCCCUGAAGGCCUUUGGGUUCACGACCUGUUCUCCUCCCCCAGCAGUGCUGUUUCCAGACUGGGCCUACAAACCCGCCUGGUCCCCCGGCUCCAGGCAGGUGCAGCUGUGGCACUUCCUGCUGGAGCUGCUCGGUCGCGGUGAGGGCGGCGCCAUCGGCUGGGGAGGGGAAUGGGGGGAGUUUGUGAUCAGGGACCCCGAGAAGCUGGCCAGGUUGUGGGGGGAGAGGAAAGGCAAACCGCAUAUGAACUAUGACAAACUCAGCCGGGCCCUCAGGUAUUACUACAACAAACGCAUCCUGCACAAGACUAAAGGGAAAAGGUUCACCUACAGGUUCAACUUCAGCAAACUCAUCCUAGUCAACUACCCAGGAUACCCGGCACCGCUCUUCCAUCAGCUGGUCCACGGCGCCCUGCUUCCCUUCCCUUUCAUCCCGGCUGAGAGCAGCCUUCCUCUCUGUGGAGGGUCAGCAGAGGACCGAGCUGUCCAGCCUCUGCCUCACCCCUUCUUACUCCCGUGCCCCCUUCCCAAACCGAUCGCAGCUCCUCGAGCCCUCCACGGCACGUUUCCCUUCAUCUCCUCGUCUGCGCGCCCAGGGGUCAGCCGGGAUGAGCCACGGGAAUCGAACUUUAUUGCUAACUUGUGGCCUCCGAGGGGCGCUACAGGGUGGGACGUGAGCCCCCACAUCCAGCAGGGCCUGUCUGGAGCAGAUAAGCUGACGGAAAAUCAGAGGGAAGAUCAGAGAGUGGAAAAGGAGAAAGAAUAAGAAGGAGUUAUGGAACUGGACAUCUUUCAAACUUAUGUUUUUUUUUAUUCUUCUUCUUCUGUGUUUGUGAUUGCAAAUGUACAAUCUUUGUAGCUAUUUAUUCAGUUGAAAGAUUCUCCAUUUUAUUCAUACAUGCAUAGGCAGGUUGUGUAUUUGUGUGCUUGUUUGGGUGUUUGGGUGGGCCAAAUAAAACUGCACACUCAGCUUACACUAUCCAACUAUUUUGUCUGAUAAUUCACCGCCCUUGUUUAAAUGUCGUGAACAUGACAGGAGCUGCAUAAAUGAUGCAGGAAUUUCUUUUUAUCGUCUCUGAUCAUCUCUGCCUGCUGCAUGCAGUUACAUCUCCGGGACACCAGAGGGCAGUAAGAAUUUAUAUGGUAAAGUUUUUCCUUAGAGCAUUUGCCGGGAAAAGCUGAACAAAAAAAGACAUCUCACUCUGAUUUUCUUUCUUUAAAAUAAAUUCUUUAUACUUUAAAAAUAAAUGUUUGCUUCCUACAAUAUUAUUCAGUAUCCUACACCAUCACAUGUAUUCUCUUUUUUAAAAUACUUUUUUUUAGCUGCUAAUAUUUUAUAAACUAUUUUAGUGACCUUUUUGUGUCAACAAUCCCGUGUCGGAUAGUGUGACACGCGCACAAAGUGUAUAAUUUUUGUCAAAUUUACGAAUUUGAUGUAUUUAAGAAUUUGUUCUGUUACAGUAAUGGGAGCCUGUUUUAUUGAUGAUUUAAUGUAAUUCUUUAAAUUAGAUCAUUUACACAACGAAAAAUCUGAAUAAUGUGUAUGUGGAGGAGUAAUACCUCUUCAUAUUUUGUUGAUCUUUGAUUAAAAUGUGAUUUUGGCGCCGAA